UAUUCUCUUCUUCUAUAACAGGAGAGAGAAAGGGGAAAAAAAACAUCUAUCCCUAAUACACAAAAAAAAAACCCUAUCUUUUUUAUUCAAGAUUUUGAAUCUUGAUUUAUAAAAAAAGAUAACUUCUUUUUGAUCAAUAAUCGAAAAGAAUUUCUGUUCUUUGCUUGGAUUUUCAUAAAAAUAAAAAAUUUAUUGAAAAAAAGGUAUGCAGGCUGAUCAUCAAACAGUGUUAAGUUUAAGACCAGGUGGUGGAAACAGGGGACGAACAACAACUGGCCCACGUUUUGAUUUUGGUAGUGGUGGUUCUGAUCUUCCUUCUUUUCGUCCUCACGGCGGCGCCGGCGCCGGCACUUCUUCUCUUGCCGCCCUUCAGAACAAUGAUUCUCGAUUUGAGCUUCGUGAGCGUGUUCGUUACAGCAGAGACCAGCUGCUACAACUUAGGGAGGUUGUAAACAUCCCUGAGGAGAUACUGAGAGUCAAACAGGAAGUGGAAACUGAAUUCUUUGGGGAGACACAGAGUUGGACCAGAUCUGAAGGAACCGUGCCAGUUCAGCCUCAGCCACGCUACUCUGAGCCUGAUACCCGCGACUGGCGGGAAAGAGCCCCUGUACCGGUGGAGGAGAGAUCUUGGGAUGCUAGGAGAGACUCUCGUGACUUUGUUCGUGUUGAUAGGCAAGAACCGAACUCACAGUUUGCUAGACAAGCCUUUUCUAACCAAGUGUCUGGACCUGCCCCAGCUCUUAUCAAAGCUGAGGUACCAUGGUCAGUUCGAAGGGGGACCCUCUCUGACAAGGAUCGUGUCUUGAAGACAGUAAAAGGUAUCCUGAACAAGUUGACUCCUGAAAAGUUUGAUCUCCUCAAAGGCCAAUUGAUCGAAUCUGGAAUCACAUCUGCUGAUAUUCUCAAGGGGGUUAUCUCGUUGAUAUUUGAUAAGGCUGUUCUUGAGCCCACGUUCUGCCCAAUGUAUGCUCAGCUGUGUUCGGAUUUGAAUACAAAGCUCCCCCCAUUCCCCUCCGAAGAACCUGAUGGCAAGGAGAUCACAUUCAAGCGUCUGCUGUUAAAUAACUGCCAAGAGGCUUUUGAAGGUGCCGAUAACUUGAGGGAGGAAAUAAGGCAGAUGACUUCUCUUGAACAAGAGUCGGAGCGUAGGGAGAAAGAAAAAAUGGUUAAACUCCGCACUCUUGGAAACAUUCGUUUAAUUGGUGAGCUUUUGAAGCAGAAAAUGGUUCCUGAAAAGAUUGUUCAUCAUAUUGUUCAGGAGCUUUUAGGGACUGACAACAAAAGUUGCCCAGAGGAAGAAAACGUGGAGGCAAUAUGCCAUUUCUUUAAUACGAUAGGCAAACAGCUUGAUGAGAGUCCUAAGUCAAGGAGAAUUAAUGAUCUUUACUUCAGCCGAUUGAAAGAGCUAGCAACAAACCAGCAAUUAGCUCCACGCAUGAGGUUUAUGGUUCGUGAUGUUAUUGAUCUCAGAUCGAAUAAAUGGGUUCAAAGACGGGAAGAGGAGAAAGUCACGACCAUUGCACAGAUCCAUGCUGCUGCCGAGAAGCACUUGGGGCUCCGUGCAGGCUCAACUGCAAGCAUAAGAAACAACCAGGCUAUUGCUGCUGGGUCACAAGGUACCCCUGUUAGUGUGAACCGUCCUGGUACUGGUGGCAUGAUGCCAGGUAUGCCAGGGAACCGCAUGAUGCCGGGCACCCCCGGAUUGGCACCUGUUUCACUAGGGGAGAACGAUUGGGAGCUUGUGAAGCCUAGAUCGACACCUAGGGGUGUCCAACAACCAGUGUUACCAAACAAGACACCGUCAUCAAGUCAAAGACUUCUUCCCCAGGGUAGUGGCGGUUUCAUUGGUGGCAAAUCAAGUGCUUUGUUGCAAGGCAGUGUUGGGCCUAGUUUAACCUCUCCUGUUGCCAUCUCUCAGGCUGCAGCUCCUCCUGCGAGACAUGUUUCAACACCAUCACCUACUCCUGCUGCUCCAUCUUUGAAGGCAACGAACACGGAUGAUCUCAAGAGGAAAACCAUUUCUCUUCUUGAGGAAUAUUUCAGUGUCCGUAUGCUUGAUGAAGCAUUACAAUGCUUGGAGGAACUGAAAGCCCCGGAAUACCACUCCGAGUUUGUAAAGGAAGCUGUUUCACUUGCUUUGGAGAAAAGCCCACCCUGUGUAGAACCACUUUCAAACCUUCUGAAGCAUCUUUUGUCUAAAAAUGUUAUCAACCGAGCUGAUUUAGUAGCUGGGUGCACCUCCUAUGGCUCAUUGCUAGACGAUAUCGCAAUUGAUUUACCUAGGGCACCUAACAACUUUGGUGAAAUCAUGGGGCAUUUAGUGCUCUCUGGUGCCUUGGAUUUCAAGGUUGUGGCUGAUGUUCUAAAGACAAUGGAGGAUGACUAUUUUCAGAAAGCCGUUUUUGAAGGUGUUAAAAAGGUUGUUAAAUCAAGCUCAUCUGGAAAUGCCAUUUUAGAGGCGCAAGCAGCUGACGUGGGUGCUUGUGAAAGUCUAUUCUAAGGAAACAAGUACAAAAGUGGUUGGAUAAUGUUGAAAACAAGAGGUGGGUUAUCAAUCAGUGAACUGUAUAAUCUUGUUUUUGUGUUGAGGGGUUAUAUUACCAUAGACAUAGUAGUAAUGUGUUGUUUGAAAACAAAAAGGUGGACUCAAUACCAUGAAUUUUGACAUCUCGAGUGUGUAUCUUGAGAGGCGACCAGAUGAAUUUUUCUGAGACUUUUCUUUUUGUUUUUACAUUUUAGUUUUUUGUGACUUUCGAGUUAAAUUUUAUUAUUAUUGUUAAAGACUUGGAAGUUCAUAAAAGCAACUGUUGUAUUUUACUGAAAUCUCAUUGUUUUUAUCAA